AUGACGGCACAUCACGCUCCUCCCGCUGCCCUCUCCACCUCUACUCCCUUUUGCUACUUCAGCAUCGUCCCGGCCGCCCACUUCUCUGUCGAGACGCCCACGCAGAGCCCCGUGUCCGAGUACUCGGCCUGCACUCCCUCAGACCCCACCAACCCGCUGCUGGCCUACAGACCCGUGCCGCCGUCCUUCAUGUCGGCCUCGGCGGAUGCCUCGCGCGUGCUGCAGCUGCAGACAGACGCUGCCCAUCGCCCGGCCGCCGACCCUCUGCAGCCCCAGCACCGCGCCUCGAGCGCCUCGUCGGAUGCCUCCAACUGCUCGUCGUCGUCGUCUUCGUCGGCCUCGAGCAGUGGCCUCAGUUCGCCCGCUACCCUGUCGUGCUGCCGCUGCCGCCGCGAGUGCCUCGCCAACAUGUACCAAAUUGGCACCAACCGCUACUACUGCAGCCACUGCGCUAGAAUGACUGGCUACAGCGCUGGCUGA